CACCCACCCAGUGCAUUCACUGCGGUGCACAGGCAGUCCAAUCAGAGUGAGCCGGUGUUGAGCUGACCGGAGGAGGGCUGUGAUUUUCAGCACGGUGCUCUCUUGCAUUUUAAAUUCCCCAGUCUGCACAAAAGGGAUAACAAGAGGAGGUUGAAGAGGAGGAGGAGGUGGAGGAGGAGAAGGCAGGGCAGCCUCUCUCUCUCUCUUUCAAGACAGCAGCGUAAUUCACUCAGUUGUAGCCAGGAGGAGAGGAGGAUGCAGGCGUAAAGAGGAGGAAAAGCAGCACCCUUUCCAAACACCUGCUGAAAGCUGCUGUGCUGUGGGCCUCCCCCCGUCUUGGCCGGUUCUCCCUUUUGUUUUGAUGCUCUUUUCAUCCUCUCUGGCUUCCUCCUCUCUCUUUCUUUUUUUUUUUUAUUACUGGGGCCUUCACUGGCUUCUGGAACAAAAGCCACUACGCCUUUUUCCCUCGGUGGUGUUGGUUUAGCCUCACAUCAGCUGAGUCAUCAUGUCUGAUCUGACGCCUCAGAGCGAAACCCCAACUCCCACCACCGACAAGAUCACCCAGGCCGCCCGGGAGACCAUUUAUCUCUGCAACUUUCGCGUGUCUGUCGACGGCGAGUGGCUCUGCCUCCGCGAGCUCAAUGACAUCUCCCUCACGCCGGACCCCGAGCCGGCCCAUGAAGAUCCCAAGGAUCCCAUUGCAAUCGAGAGGCUUAACUUGAUGAACAUGGCCAAACUGAGCAUCAAGGGCCUGAUCGAGUCGGCUCUCAACCUCGGACGCACACUUGACUCUGACUAUGCACCUCUCCAGCAGUUCUUUGUCGUGAUGGAGCACUGUCUGAAACAUGGCUUGAAAACUAAGAAGACUUUCCUGGGCCAGAACAAGUCGUUCUGGGGGGCGUUGGAGCUGGUUGAGAAGCUGACGCCUGAGGCAGGAGAGAUCACUGCCAGUGUAAAAGACCUGCCUGGCCUCAAAACUCCCCUGGGACGAGGGCGUGCCUGGUUACGACUGGCCCUGAUGCAGAAGAAGCUCUCUGACUACAUGAAGACCAUCAUCAACAGAAAGGACCUGCUCAGUGAGUUCUACGAGCCGAAUGCGUUGAUGAUGGAGGAGGAGGGAGCCGUCAUCGCCGGGCUGCUCGUCGGACUAAAUGUCAUCGAUGCCAAUCUGUGCAUGAAGGGAGAGGACCUGGACUCACAGGUCGGGGUGAUUGAUUUCUCAAUGUACCUCAAAGAUGGCGGACACAGUAGUAAGAGUGCAGAGGGUGACGGUCAGAUCACAGCGAUUCUCGAUCAGAAGAAUUACGUGGAGGAGCUGAACAGACAUUUAAGUGCAUCAGUAAAUAACCUCCAGGCCAAGGUGGACGCUCUGGAAAAGUCCAACACAAAGCUAACAGAAGAGCUUGCAGUGGCAAAUAACCGGAUCAUCACCUUACAAGAGGACGUGGAGAGAGUAAAAGAGGAGAGCUCAUAUCAGAUGGAGUCCAGGAAGGCAUUAAGAAGCGACUCAGCAGCAGACGGACAAGCGCUGGGUGAAACACGCAAGCAGCUCAAAGAGGAAACCCUGCUUCGAUUGGACGUGGAGAAGGAGCUGGAGGUGCAGAUCGGGAUGAAGCAGGAGAUGGAGCUGUCGAUGAAGAUGCUGGAGAAAGACAUCUGUGAGAAGCAGGAUGCUCUGGUGGAGCUCAGACAGCAGCUGGAAGACCUUCGUGCCAUCAACCAGCAACUUAGCCACAAGUCACAGAGCGCAGAUGCCAGCUCUAAACAGAAGAGCGAAGUCAUCGCUCGCCUGGAGGAGAAAAUAAACCAGAUGACGGGGACUGUAAAACAGCUGGAGACCAGAUGCAAACAGGCUGAGAGGGAGAGGGAUCUGGCUUUAGAGGCAAACCGGCUCUUCAAACAGGAGUUUGGAGACAAAAUCGAGAGUCUGCAGGUGGAGGUGGAGCAGCUGAGGAGACACAGGUCUAAUCUGGAGCAGGAGCUAAGAAAAGAGCGAGAGCGAAGGAGCGAUCAUCAUCUCAACGUCGCGUCCAGACAGUCCGGAACUCCUCGCAGGGAGAGGAGGCUCCCGGAGAACGUCCCAAAAUGUGUGUCUGUCCGACAGAAUCUCCCAGAAUCCCCGUCGGUCAAAAGGGAGAUCGAGCAGUUACACAGUGGACAGGAGGAUAAAACCAGUCUGAGCUCCAGCUUGUCUUUGUCACAUCAUGAGGACGAGCAGGACGAGUCAUUUGUGGAGAUCAGUCAGCCUAUCAUGUGUACGAUGUGUGAACAGGACGACUCUCUCCUCAAGACAAAGAAACAGUGUAAGAACUGCAGCGGUGUUUUCUGCGAGAGCUGCGUGUCCAAGGAGCUGCCGUUACCUUCCUCCAUCCUCCCAGAGACGGUGUGCACUGCCUGCUACACCCAGUUACUCCAGCAAUACGCUUCGACGCCGACAUGAACCGACUCGGACACGACGACCGGACACACAGAAACCAGAGGCAUUGAUUUGUAAAACUGGCACUGCAAAAAUGCACUUUCUGACCUCGUGGCUUGAAACGUCAUGAACAAUCUGAGUCCUGAAUUCUGUCGGAUAUUUUAAUUAGUUUUACGUCGGCAGUGUCCAGAUGUGCAGGUUUUUAUUUGAGUCAAAUACUGCUGUAGUCGUAAACCCUCCUUUUCUCUCUGAGAGUGUGCUGAGCUGCUGUGGUAUUUUCUCCUCAAUAGAAACCUGCACUUACGCAGCUGGAAAUGGACAUUAUUGACGUAAAAAAACGAGGAAUCAUCUCAUUCAUUUAAAAACUGACUUUCCACUGUGUCCACUAAGUGGAUUAUUGAUUAAAAAAGGUCAACUGACGAUAUUUUUAACCACAGUUUUAAAAGAUAAAGAAGGAAAAACUGGAUUUUUCAUCACAGAAUUAAAUCAUAUACAAAUUAGAAUAUGAAGUUUGUGGCAAUUAAUUAAAUUUCUCAUCACUGUACACAGAUGCAGCAUGAAUUUUCACACUUAUGUGCUCAAAUUAGCACCAGAUUCAGGGGAAAUACUGAGACCAAAUACAGUGAUAUUUUGGAGACGACUGUUUGUGAAAAGCUUUUUACACAAUAUGGAAAAUGUUUAUUUCAUUUAAAAAGUUGUAAAACUGGAGCAAAAUUUAAGACCAGGCAAAGACAAAACAUUUAAGUUGUAUCACAAUGAUGUUAUAACCAAAAUAUGACGCCAGAUUAUAUAUAAAUAUAUACAGAAUAUUAUAUAUCUAGUCUCUUAUCACAAUAUCGAUGUGUUCAGGCUGUAGAGGUGUCAAAGGAAAAGUUAAACAGUUGGGAAAUGUGUUUGUUUUCUUUCUUGCAGAGUUAGACAAGAAGAUUGAUACAAGCUACUGUCAGGAGACGAUUAGCUUAGCUUAUCUUAGCUUAGCUUAGCUUAGCUUGGUUGAACAGUUAGGAAACCCUUUCUUGCCAAGAGUUAGACAAGAAGAUUGAUACCUAGUUUAGCUUAGCUCAGCGUAAAGACUGUAAACAGGGGAGAGCAGCUAGCCUGAUUCAAAACCUGCCCAACAGCACCUCUAAAACUCACUGAUAACGCUUUGAUUCAUAAGUGUAAAAACGGCAGAUUAACGGAGAUUCUGUGCGGGAUUCUUCCUUGACUGGGAGCAAUAACAUCCCUAAACUAGCAUCAAGAAUUUGUCAUUAACUCGUAAAUUCAUGCACAUAUUAAACAAACAAGAUAUAAAGUGUUAAUAAGUGAGCUUUGGAGGGGCUUAUAGGUAUAUUUUUUAACUUUAGGCUAGCUGUUUACCCCUGUUUACAGUCUUAUAAGAUAAACAGCUUAGCUUAGUUUAGCUUGGCAAGAAAGCAAAUAAAUAAUCUCCCAAAAUGUCUGACUUUUCCUUCAAGUUCUGAAAGCUGAAUAUUGUGGGUGUAUUAUUUCUUUACUGUUGCUGGCAUUAACAAAACAGCUAAAAAUGACUUCAGAGUGUUAGUUUAUCUUAAAACACUGCGGCAUUUAGAUUCUAGUCUGGAUAGAUAAUUACAUUUUUUCUGAGUGUCUUUAACACAUUACAGCACUUUUACAUGCAUGGCUCUCUGCCUGGAUGGUUUGAAGUGGACAUAUCAGUGCAUCUGUAUAACAGCUGUUUUUAUGUUUUGUUGGUUUGUAUGAAGAAGAAUUAGACGCUAAGCAAAACCAGUUAAAUCCUUUAGUCUUUUUAAGCUAAUUAACGUGAGAUGGAAAUGCUUCUUAGAUUAACAAUAAACUUUUAGUAAAUUUUACCUGUGUACAGCUCUGGAUUAUUAUCUUAACCUGUAUUUAAUCUUUAAAUCCUCCUGCCUGUAAAAAAUUCAACUAUUUUGACAAAAUGAAAUGAAGACAGGUCAGGUGUUUUUUUGACACCAGGAAUGCUUAUUGUUUGUUUAUUGAUAACCACAUGAGACUGGAAAAUAAAUACAACAGUCCUGUGUUUGGCA